AUGCCUUCCCCCAGAUUAUUAGUCCUGUUGGCGCUGGCCGCCUUGGGGAGUGUUGACGCCAGACUCAACCUGGCAUCACAAGAUAAUGUCGCAACAUACUGGGGACAAGCGCCAACCCAGCAAGGGCUUGCCUCCUAUUGCAAGAGUGAUCAGAUUGAUAUGAUUCCGCUGGCUUUCCUCAACUACAUCAACACCCCUAACAUUCACUUUACCAAUGUCGAAAACCGCUGCUCCAAGUUUGCAGGGACCGGUGUCUUUAACUGUCCAGAAAUCGAGAGCGAUAUCAAAACAUGCCAGUCGCUCAACAAAACCAUCACUCUCUCCAUCGGUGGCGCAACCUACUCGGAAGGCGGCUUUGCCACUUCCGACCUCGCCAGCGCCGCCGCAGACAAGGUCUGGGCCAUGUUCGGCCCUCAGGGCGACAACAGCGCGAGCGUCUAUCGCCCAUUCGGGUCUGCUUCAGUCGACGGCUUCGACCUCGAUUUCGAAACGACGCAGACCAGCAACCUUGUCCCGUUUGCGCGCCGACUCCGCAAGCUCAUCGACGACGCCAACGCCAACAGCAAGAACUCGAAAAAGUUCCUGCUGACCGCCGCGCCGCAGUGCGUGUACCCGGACCUUCCCAUGGACUCGGUGCUCUCAAGCGACGUGGCCUUCGACUUGGUCAUGGUGCAGUUCUACAACAACCAGUGCGGCGCCGACUCGUUCGUCGCGGGCAGCAGCACGCAGUCCAGCUUCAACUUUGCCACCUGGGACAACUGGGCCAAGUCCAACAACCGCAACACCAAGGUCUUUGUCGGCGUGCCGGGGACCUCGACGGCGGCGGGCACUGGGUACGUCAACGCGACUGACCUGAAGGGGAUCAUCGACUACAGCAAGAAAUACAGCACAUUUGCCGGGGUCAUGAUUUGGGACGUUGCUCAGGUCUGGUCUAACACGGGGUUUCUCGACACCGUGAGCAAGAGCCUGGAUCGUGGUGCCAAGAAGGAUCCUCCUGCGACGACAACGGCCGGGUCUGCAUCCUCAGAGCCGACGUCGGGCUCUGCCACGGAUACAGCGGGGGCGGCACAGGACACGCCCCAGGCGCCGCGCAAGAAUGCGGCCGGAAAGAAUGCAGAUUAUGCUUUGGGAAUGGGGUUGUGGCUUCCGUCUGUGGUUUUUGCUGUUGCGGCUGCUUGCCUGGCGUUAUAA